AUGUACGACAGCACAUGCGGUGCAGCUGCCAGCGGGCAAUGCGGAAAAGCCCAGCGCGAAGGCGAUGGGCCGCCGCCGCGAGAGCCGCCACCCGCUCCGCUUGAGCGUGAUUACAGUGGUUUCGAUAUCGUAAAGGCCACUCAAUAUGGUGCCUUUUCUCGUGUUAAAGAACUUGUUGAAGCUGGUUGGGACGUUAAUCAGCCAGAUCACGAAACAGUCACAUUACUACAUUGGGCAGCAAUCAAUAACCGACGUGAAAUAAUUGAAUAUUUACUUACGAAAGGUGCUAUUGUUGAUGCAGUGGGGGGUGAAUUACAAUCGACUCCGUUACAUUGGGCUACUAGACAAGGCCAUCUGGAGGCGACAGUUCUGCUGGUACGCGCAGGUGCCGAUCCCACUUUGAGAGACGCGGAGGGUUGUGCGUGUUUACACCUUGCGGCACAAUUUGGACAUACAGCAGUGGUAGCUUACCUUGUUGCUCGAGGGACUGAUCCUGAUGCCCCAGAUGCAGGUGGCAUGACACCACUUAUGUGGGCAGCUUGGAAAGUGUCUGCUGUAGACCCUGCCCGAUUACUACUUACGUUAGGAGCAUCUACCAAUCCUACUGAUAAUUCACAUGGAAAUACUGCAUUGCAUUGGGCCAUACUUGCUCGUAAUGCAACUGCUAUUUCAACUCUUAUUCUUUAUGGUAAUGCCAGUUUAGACAUCCCCAAUCAGCGUGGAGUCACACCUCUGGUGAUGCUACAGAAUAAUGCAGACUCUAUGUGGAUUGGCUCCAAGGUGUCAGAUAAAGUUAAGGAGCAUGCUUUGUUUACUACAAGGAGAAGUAUUUUCCAUAAACUUACAUAUGAUAAGAAAUUCAGAUGGUGGUGUGUAGUAGCAAUGCCAUUUCUGGCAUUCUAUCUUACUGGGCUAGUGUUGGAGAUGGAUGCCCUCUACCUACUUAAGAUGUUCCUCCUAGUCUGUUUUUAUGCUCUACUUCAUUUCCUUAGCAAUGUACUUUUUGACGAUGAAUUGAAAAAUAUAUUUCCUCUAAGUGUGUACUUAGCUACAAAGGUGUGGUUCUACAUCACAUGGGUAGUGUUCAUCGCACCAGUGGUGAGUGCUUCGGCCACGCUGGGCUUCUUCCUGUGCUCCGGCGCUCUGUGGUACACUUUCCUGCGCUCGUGGCGCAGCGACCCUGGCGUUAUCACUGCCACCAAACCGGACAAAUUUCGCACGAUCAUCGAGCUGUCGGAGAGCAGCCGCGGCGGCUUCGAUCCGUCGCGCUUCUGCUCGGCGUGCCUGGUGCGCCGGCCGCUGCGCUCCAAGCACUGCUCCGUCUGCAACCGAUGCGUCGCCAAGUUCGACCAUCACUGCCCCUGGGUUGGCAACUGCAUCGGUGCUAAGAACCAUCAGUACUUUAUCGGUUUCCUGGUGAGCCUCCUGGUUAUGUGCGUCUGGAUGGUGUGGGGCAGCGCGCAGUACUUUUCGACGCAGUGCAGCGAGGGCGCGACGCCGCUGGAGGCCGCCCUGCGCUGGCUGCGCUGCAACGCGUGGCUGGCGUGGGUGACGCUCAACGCGCUGUUCCACCUGUUCUGGGUGACGGUGCUCACCAGCUGCCAGCUGUACUUGGUGGUGUGCCUCGGCAUGACGACCAACGAGCAGCUGAACCGCGGCCGCUACCGCCACUUCCAGGCGCGCGGCGGCCGCUCGCCCUUCACGCGCGGGCCGCUCAACAACUGCGCCGACUUCUUCCGCUGCCGCCUGUGCGGGCUGCUGGCGCCGCGCCACACCGACUGGGCGGCGGCCGGCCUCGACGACGCGCACGACCUCGUCGACCUCGCCGACCACCACGACCAUCCCGCCCACCACGACCACCUCGACCACCUCGACCACCGCGACCACCGCGACCACCGCGACGCCGACACCGAGCCGAUGCUGCGCGCGCACCACUACGUC